CACCUCGACAAUAGCUGUCUUCUUUCUACCGUCACUCAUUCAUUCAUUUGCUAUUCUAUUGUCGCUCUUUAGGCACCACUAGCUACGACUGCUUUAUACUAAUUCCCACGCUCCCUCCCUGUCCUCCCACGCAAACCUGACGAAGCAAACACUUUCCUCCAUUCGAAACACCGCGUUUCUAAACAGCCCAAUCCAUUUAUCCAUUUAUCCAUUCGACUUUGAUCCAACAAAAGCCAGCAGACAACAUGUUCUCCAAGACCCUCUUCGUCAUCGCCUUCGCCGCCAUCGCGCAGAUGGUUCUCGCGGCUCCGCCGGCCUGCCUCCUCGGCGCCGUCAACACGUACGAAGACCCCGCCGACAUCGCCAGCGUGUGCAAGGCCAGGGACGCAGCCACCAAGAUUCAAAAGUACUGUGGUGAUAGCACCAGCGAUGCGCUGAGCGCGUUUGCGGAUAUCUGCGGUGAGGCCGGUGUGGAAGUUUCAACCAAGGUUCCUGCCUCCGCAACUGCGACCGCGACUGGCUCCGCCGGCACUAUCUCGCCCUCCGCCGGAAGCAAUGGUACCACGCUCGCCACAACCAUCGCUACUGCUACCGGCGGCUCCGUCCCCACUGCCACGGGCUCUGGCGCGCCCGAGUCCACCGGUGCCGCUGCCCACUAUGAGAUCAGCGCUGCGGCGAUGCUGGCUGGUCUGGGUGUCAUGGCUGGUCUUUUGUAGACGAGCUGUUCCCUGCUCUGUCGGGGAGCAAACUGUGGAGGAGAGACGAGUCUGAAGUGGGGAUGUUUAGCGAGAAAGUAGAGAUGGAUGUACAAAAUGGGGCUUCCGGGCUGAGGGAAGGUAUUCCAUUUGGAGACCAUGCUGUCGAUAGUUGCCGGUUUCUGGGAUAUAAUCUUUCUCCUUGAGUUGGGUUGUACAUAGGGCAAAGG